AUGGGCAGUAUUGAUUGCAUGCACUGGCAGUGGAAAAAUUGUCCUAAAGCAUGGAAAGGGAUGUUCAUGAGUGGUCAUAAAGGAGUUCCGACAAUUUUGCUUGAAGCAGUUGCCUCAUCGGACCUAUGGAUAUGGCAUGCAUUUUUUGGAGUUGCUGGUUCUAACAAUGAUAUAAAUGUGUUAGAUCGGUCACCAAUAUUCGAUGAAGUGCUAGAAGGUCGUGCUCCUGAAGUGAACUACAAUGUUAACGGCAACGACUAUAAUAUGGGAUAUUAUUUAACAGAUGGAAUAUAUCCUGAAUGUGCAACCUUCGUCAAAACAAUUCCACGUCCCCAAGGCGAUAAGAGGAGAUUAUUCUCUAAAUAUCAAGAAGGUCAGCGAAAAGAUGUGGAACGAGCAUUUGGUGUGUUACAGUCACGGUUUGCAAUUAUACGUGGUCCAGCCCGAUUUUGGGACAAGAAAGAUCUCGCCAAAAUAAUGAGAGCUUGUAUCAUAUUGCAUAAUAUGAUUGUCGAGGACGAGCGGGAUACAUAUGCUACUCCAUUCGGUUCGUUACCAACUUAUGAUGAUGCAACAAAUGGUUUAUCCCAACCAAAUCUAGAGGAAGAGCCGAAGAACAAGAGCUUGAGAGAAUCGGCCCAUUUUUUCAACGAAGGCAGAAUGGAAGGGGUUGAAUGGCCUUCCUUGGCUGGAAUGGAAAAGGCAUUUUGUAAUAAUGUUCUGAGGCGGAUUGUUGAUUUUUUUGCGGGGCGGUUGAUGAUUGACUAUUCCGGGAAUGAAGAUGGAGCUAUAGUGACUGAUCAGGAGGGAAUGAGUAGCAUUGUCGAGAAUUAUUUUGUGAACUUAUUCGGUAAUGAGGAUACUGAGCGUGAACUGCCAGUCGAAGGCGGCGUGAAUGUGAUUUCUGAAGCCCAGAACAACAAAUUGACAGAAGAUUUCAGCUAUGAAGAAUUCACAGCUGCGAUAAAGCAAAUGCAUCCGGAUAAGAGCUCUGGUCCAGACGGAUUAAAUCCAGCUCUUUUCCAGCAUUUCUGGAAGCUCCUAAGGAGGGAAGUUUAUGAGAGUUGCAAGUAUUGGAUGAGGGAUAUGGCAUUUCCCCAAGGGCUAAAUGACACAAACAUUGUUCUGAUCCCUAAGAAAGAAAACGCAGAUACUAUGAAGGACCUUCGCCCUAUUGCUUUAUACAAUGUCAUGUACAAGAUUAUUGCUAAAGUUUUGGCCAAUAGAAUCCGAAGCAUACUUCCGGACAUUAUUUCAGAAAAUCAGUCAGCCUUUGUUCCUGGACGAAGCAUCACGGAUAAUGUUCUAGUGGCGUUUGAGGUAGUACACCAUAUGAGAAGACUGCGGAAGGGUAGAACGGGUGAAGUGGCACUGAAACUUGAUGUUAGCAAAGCAUAUGAUCGCGUUGACUGGAAUUUUCUUAAAGGAAGGAUGGAGCAGAUGGGUUUUGAUCAAAAGUGGAUAGAUUGGAUCAUGUUAUGUGUAACAACAGUUAGCUAUUCUUUUUGUUUUAAUGGAGCUCAGGUAGGGCUUGUAAUUCCGAAGAGAGGCCUGCAUCAAGGCGACCCUCUUUCACCGUACCUUUUCUUGUUUUGUGUUGAGGGGUUAUCUCGUUUGAUUAGUACAGCUGCAGAGAAUGGUACAAUUCAUGGGUGA